AUGCAUGCAUCAUUAGCUGCUAUUGGCAGAGCGUGUACAGUUGAAGAAGAUGAAGAUCCACCGGCUACUCCAAUACAAACAUCAUUAGAUUCACAACAAGCUGAUUACAUUGAACAAAGUUUACGUUUGUGUACAUCUACGACUGAUGAAUUGAUCACCUUCACUUUAUCAUUGUGUCAGUCGAUAAAAAUUUUAACAAAUUUUAAUAAAGCAGUUGUAUUGGAUGAUUUUAAUGAAAGUGAAAAGAUAAAAUUGAUAUUUAAAACAGAUGAAGUUACCGAUAGUGAAAAUCAACAAUUGCCGACAUCUGUGGAAAGCAUUACUACACCAGUAUCAACAGUGAAAGAUAUUAAUGAAUUAUCCUUAAUAAAAACUUUAAAUUCAACACAUAAUGUAGAUAAUUUAAACAAUUUAUCAAUUUUACAUCGUUUUUGUUUAACUAUUUAUAAAAUUGUACAUUUAGAUACAUUGAACACAACACUUAAAGAAUUAAGUUUAGGCUUAAUUGCAUUAUUAGCUCAUUCAGAGAAUAUAAUUAUUAAAGAAUUGAAUUUAUUAGAUUGUAUUCUCACAAAAUUUUCUAUAUCAACAAAUAAUAUUUAUUCAUUUCAAGCAUUGUAUGAAAAGAACUCUACUCGAUUAUUGAACGAUUACAAUGAAUUUCUUUUAACAACAUUGUUACAUUUUGAUGAGAAUAAUGAAGAAGAUGAUAAUGAUAAUGAAAAUGAUGAUGAUGAUUAUAUGAUGUCGAGGACAUCAGCAAGCACAAGACACUAUGAUUAUUCAUCUCAGCUAAGUGAGCUUAGAAUUCUUUGUGAAAGUUUACGACAAUGUUGGACACAAAUGAAACGUUUAGCCAAUGAACAUCGAUAUAUGUGUUGUCGUUUAAAUCAACUAAACACCUCAAAUAAUUGUGAUGGAAUUUUUAAAAGAAUCUUUUUAGAUGCUUGUAAAAUUAAUUCAUUUCAUAGUAAAGUAUUAACAUUAGCUAUUAUAAAUUCUGCUCAACAUUUAAUUUAUUCUGGUGUAUCAUUAUUAGGUCAUAUAGAGUUGACACGUUUUACGCAUGAUGAUUUAUGGGAAAUGACACGUGGUAUUGAAGAGUUAAGCAUACUGCGUGGACACUUGCAUAAUACAUUUCAAUCAUAUCGUAAUACACGCUUACACAGACUGUUGUGUAAUUAUGAUAGUUUACAGAAUUCUCAUCAAGCUACACUAUGCAUGAAUGAUCAUUAUAUGAACAGUAGUAGAACACUAUUAUCCCAGAUUAUUUCCUAUGACUUAUUAACUGAUCCUGCAGAUGUUACAUUUUCAAUAUCUGUCGGUUGCUUAUUUUCAUUAUUCGCUAAACAGCGUUCCCUGCGUCUUGCUCAUUUGAUUUAUUUACAGUUGUAUAGAUUUUCAAAGUUAUUCCUUGAUCCUCCUGUCAAGGAUGACGUUAAUGUAAAUAAUAAUUCUUCAGAGACAAAUUUAAUUUCUCAAGAGUACCAUAAAUACAUAAACGAUAAUCAUGGAUUAUUAGCUUCAGAUUAUCUACGAAAUGAAUAUGAAUUUAUAUCAAGUUUUUUAGAUAUUCUUUCCCAGUCAACUGAUUUAUUAUAUCAAGUACAAAAAUUACAGCAUGUAUGCACAUCAGCUGCUGCUACAGCUCAAGUAAGACAGGCUGAAGCUGAACAACGUUUGAAAACAGGUUAUGCAGAAAACAACACGAAACAAAAUUCUAUGUCAUCUCAUGCACUAAGUGUUGAGGGAAAACAUGGCGUCCUGGUCCGAAACUCAUCUAUGAGUCAUUCAAAUACUGCAGAAUCAAAAGAUGCUUAUUCAAAGGCAUUCCAGAAAACAGAUAUUCAUCGGAAAGGUGACUUAAUUACUGGUUAUCUUUCACGUUAUCAGGACACAUUACAUCGUUCCAGCACACUGGAUAGAUAUGUAGCUACUGGAUCACCUGUUUCACCCUAUCCAUCAGUCAGUAGUCAAGCAUUUUACAAUGAGUAUAAUAAAGUAAAGUCAGAUAAUAACUCAGAUAUCGAUCAAGAGCAUCGUUUACAUGAAAGUGACUAUCCCUGUGAUAUCACUGGGGAUUCAGACAUAAGUGAUAACAAACAGAAUGAAAUGAAAAAGCCUAAAAUCACUUCUAAGAAAGUUGUCCAAUGGAGUGAUCACCGAGAAGUUAGCACACGACAUCAGAUAAUUGGCAGAUACUUAGAAAUGACAUGGAAGCAAACAGAACACACAUUAACAAGUUUAUUUUUGUCUACAUCAAGUACACUUUUAACUGAGCCUAUUAACAGCAAAACUGACAACAGUAGUAAAAACAUACACGAGAGGAUUUUAUGUAGAUCUGCUUUAAUAAUGUCAACAGAAGAACUUUUAAAACUGGGAAAUAAUAUUCGUCAGCUAACAGUAUCUGCCGAUUUUUUCCCAUCUGGUCUGCUGCCAGUAUUGCGAAAACAAGCGUUAAAAUGUGAAGAAUAUGCUGUUUGGAGAAAUUGGUAUGAAGAAUGUCAAGGAUGUGAAGAUUUAAAUCACAAACACAAAAUCAACAAAAGCGAUGACUUUCAAAACUCAACAAACCCACGUAAACUGGAGGAUGCAGAUUCACAAAUCACAUGUAACCAUUUGAAUCAUACUUCUUUACUGUCAAUUUAUUCAAACUGUGAUAAACAGCUAACUUCAUGUAAUAUAAACGAUGUAUUCAAUAGAUGUUGUAAUCCUUUGAAUUUUCACAACAUGUGGAACUCGAAAUUCUUUCUACUAACAACUGAUGUAAAUUCCAUUGUUCAGUUGAUGAUACAUAUUACGAAGUUAUUUGUGAAUAAUGAAGAAUCAUGGUCUGAAAUGUUAACUACGAUACAAAAUGUGAUCCUGUCAUCAGGUAAGAAUUAG